GCUCCACACACGGGGCAGGCGGGUGCACCUCCCAUGAGCACAGCUGCCGCAGUGGCUCCUUCUGCAUCCUCACGCAUCUGGAGGCGCAGGGAGGGGACCCAGAAGGAGGCGCCCCCCCGCCCCGCGCUCCCCGGCAGCCCUUCGAGGCUGUCACCAGAGACGCACCGGGGUGGGCUUCUUAAGCGGGCAGUUCUGGAGGCUUUCGCGAAGGCCACCGCAGUCCGUCUCGCUUCGAAAAAUCACGGCCCUUGGCAGCGGUUCCUUGGAAGGGAAGGAAGGCAGGCAUGGAGCUGAGUGCCGGAAGUGUAAUUGCUUACAUCAGCUCUUCAAGCUCUGCAUCUAGCCCUGCCUCCUGUCACAGCGAGGGCUCAGAAAACAGUUUUCAGUCCUCCUCUUCCCCUGUACCGCCAUCACCAAACAGUUCCUCCUCUGAGGGGAGCUGUAGUAGCAAAAGUAAAGAGCACUCUGAUGGAGGAUCAAACAUUGACCAGUUAGAGAAUCACACGAAGGCAAAUCAAUUAAGUGGAACCUCAGCAGCAAAAAGUCAUAAUGGAUUUACAAAAUUUAAUGGCAUGGUCUUGCUGUGUAAAGUCUGUGGAGAUGUUGCUUCAGGAUUUCACUAUGGGGUCCAUGCCUGUGAAGGCUGCAAGGGUUUCUUUAGAAGAAGCAUUCAGCAAAAUAUCCAAUACAAGAAGUGCCUGAAGAGUAACAACUGCUCUAUAAUGAGAAUGAAUAGAAACAGGUGUCAGCAGUGCCGAUUCAAAAAAUGUUUGUCGGUAGGAAUGUCAAGAGAUGCUGUUCGAUUUGGCCGAAUUCCUAAACGUGAGAAGCAGAGGAUGCUGAUCGAAAUGCAAAGUGCCAUGAAAACUAUGAUGAAUACGCAGUUCAGUGAUCACUUGCCCAGCGAAGCAUUAAAAGAUAGCCAAGAAGCAUUGCUCUUAGUGCCUCAGUUACAGCUGAACUCCAAGCUACAGCAAGAAGAAGAAAAUGCCAAAAGGCCCUCUUCUCCUUCCCCCCUUCCUCCUCCACUACCUCCUCCUCUUCCCUCUGACAUUGCCAAGGAAGAAGUGAUUGGCAUGGUGACUGGUGCCCACAAAGAUACAUUUAUGUACAAUCAGGAACAACCAGAAGAUCGUACCACUGUUGUGCAGCCUCCAAAUGGGGGGAAAAGUCUUAAAUACUUGGAGCAGUAUAAUUCUGGUGGUGAGCCUGAUCAAGGUAGCAUAAGCAGUAUACUUCAUAAUGGGAAUGUUCAACACUUCAGUGGACGGUAUAAAGGGCAAAGCAGCGGAUAUAAUCUUUGCCACCAUUCUGUGAACUUCACCAAUGGCUUUACUAUGAAAGAGUGUAAUAAGAUGUUCGGAAAUGGCUUUUCUUCCGUUGAAUCUCUGAAUGCCUAUUCCUGCAGCACUGGAGGCAGAAUGCAUCUGGUUUGUCCAAUGAACAAGACUCCUUUUGUGGAUCCAAAUAAGUCUGGUCAAGAAGUCUGGGAAGAAUUUUCCAUGAGCUUUACCCCUGCAGUAAAGGAAGUAGUGGAAUUUGCCAAGCGUGUUCCAGGCUUCCAAGAUCUUUCCCAACACGACCAAGUAAACCUUCUGAAGGCUGGAACCUUUGAGGUAUUAAUGGUACGGUUUGCAUCUUUAUUUGAUGCAAAAGAUCGUACUGUCACUUUUCUUAGUGGAAAGAAAUACAGUUUGGAUGAUCUACGUACCAUGGGAGCUGGUGAUCUGCUGAACUCCAUGUUUGAGUUUAGUGAGAAGCUAAAUGCACUGAACCUUAGUGAUGAAGAAAUGAGUUUGUUUACAGCGGUGGUCCUUGUAUCUGCUGAACGAUCAGGAAUAGAGAAUGUCAAUUCUGUGGAAGCACUUCAAGAAACACUGAUCCGUGCACUCAAGACUUUAAUCACAAAAAAUCAUCCAAAUGAAGCCUCUGUAUUUACAAAACUACUUUUAAAACUGCCUGAUCUGCGUUCCUUAAAUAACAUGCACUCUGAAGAACUCCUAGCCUUUAAAGUCCAUCCAUAGGCUUUUACCUCUUAUUUAUAUACUUGAUUUACCUAAAAUUAAUUGUUUGUGUUUUGUGCUAAAACGUUUAUUUAUGUUUGUAUAUACUUCUGUGAAGAAGGACUUGUUGACUGUAUAAUAGUGAAAUGAUCUCUUACCAUGCAGUAAAUGCUUCAGGUUGAACCUUCUUUCACCACUGACAACAUGGCCGCUGAUUUCUUCUUGAUUAUCCAGAACAGCCCCAUUUGCACAAAAGCUGAAGAAAUUACACUAAAUAAUAUAGAUGCUGACUGCUUGGUGUUUACAACAAAUCAUUUAAUUAUCUAUUCUAAAGAAGAAUACGCAGUAGCUACACAUAAAAAACACUUUGGGUAAAUGACAUAAUACCUUCUGAAGCAAGACUACAUUGGUCCAACUUGUCCUUAAAGUAGAUACCUUGCUAAAUGAUGAAGUUCUGAAAAACUCUUUCUGGCUCCACUACUGAUAAUUUAGAAAACAAUCAGUGUAUAUUAAUUUGUUCACUAUACAAAAAUACACAUGCCAUCUCUCUGUGUAUAUAUAUAAUAUGAACAGAGAUACUGGGUGUAUUAUCACUUUAUAAAAUUCAUGGUGUAUGUACAUAAUUAUGUAAGUAUGUAAAUAGUUCUAAAUAAACAACUUCACAAUAUUUUCAACUGUGAAGAAGUUAAAGGAAGAUUACCCAUAUGAAUGCAUUUGGUUUUGUACAGUCGAAUUAAACAUAUUGAGAGUUUGUAACGUUUAGAGACUACCAAUUUUAAUAUGUUAAUAUAAUGAAUUUGUUAAUUUUGAACACAUCUUAAAACAACAUAAGUGGAGAGAUAAAUAGGUCAAAUUUAAGCCUUUUUGAGAAUGUGGGUUUUUUUCCUAAAAUUCAUUGCCUUUAAUAUUGUAUGCAUCUACAGUAGUAGGCAUUUAAAGUUGGUGAUCAUCCUUGCUAGUCUUACUGUAAAGUUUCCUGGAAAAUCAUGAAAAAUGUCAAGAAAACUAUAUUAUACCUUCAUUGCGUAUUGGGUGUUAUGUGAAUCAUUUAUGCUACACAUAUAUAUAAGUUGAAUGCUACAUAAUCAGACUUGUAACAUUAGUGGGACUUUUAAAGUCAGUUUUGUCAUAUCUGCAAAGGUUUUUCUCAAAGCUCCACUAGGUUGUCUGAUGUCUGUGAAGUUCUGUUAAUUUCAUGACUUUUUAAAUGUCAGUGACAAAUUCCUAAACAAUUUGCUAUGUUUUCUGUUGCAUUUUAAAAUUAAUAUAUUAAUUGCUUCAUACUGUUUAAUAGUGUGAAAGAAAAUAAUAUUUUAGGUUGGAUCAAGGUAUGACUAAGACUGUAUCAAACCUUGAGAUUUUCCAAAGGAUGACUUUGGAAAAGAGAGUACAUUUUUAUUUCAUGUAGUUAUUUAGCACUUAACACACCUCCAACUUCCCAUAACUUUAUGUGAAGAAUUACAGUGUCAUAGUUCUGAUACAUACUGGUUUUAGGCCAAUACAUCACUAAAUGUAUAAAUACGUGUUUGCAGUCCUAUUAUAUAGCAUUAUGUAUUUGAUUUAAAUUAACUCUCUACCUCUGCUAGACAUCAAACCCCUACUUUAAAUCAAGCAACUAUUGGGAUGUGUUAAGAUUUUUCACCACAAUUAUUGGUUCACAUUUUAAAAACACAAAUUGCUCAAUCACAAGUUACAGGUUUUUUGGGCAUAUAUAUAUAAAUAAAUUAAAAUUUGUCACCGCCUAUCUUAUUGAAACAACUCUAGUUACCAAAUAUUUAGCAAAAAUCUAGAGAUAGGUCAGCCAUUUCACAUCAAUUUCCUUAAAAAUUGGAGGGAAAUUCUUGAUUCUAGGCUUCCAACAUGCAAUUUUUUUUCCUAAAAGAAAAAUAUUUCUUGAUCCUCUGUGAAGAAUUGCUUGUGUUUUAAACAAAUCCCACAAAUACAUAUAUAGGCUAGCAAAAUACACCAUAAAAUAUAUUCGUGCAAUUUCAAUUUAAUCCUGAUCUUAUUCACUGAAGAAAAAACCGUUCAGUUUCUUUAGAAACAAGAUGUAAAUCUGAGCUCGCCUUACAUCUGAUGUUGGAAUCUUAGGCCCAGGACUUACAUGAUGCUUGCAGCAUUAGAACUGCAGUCGCAUCUCUCGCUUUGCCCUGAUAGAAUAGUGGGGAGAGCUCUGCAGUGGUUUUUAUCAACAUUCAUACUACAUGGAAAACCAGUGUGGUAAUAAGCCAUUGCAUGAUUGCUCCUGGCCUUAUGUCAAAUGUGACAUGAGGACUAAGCUUCUAAAUUUUAACUGAAGAAGCUGUUUAAUGUGAACUCUGCUUUACUGUAAUCACUGGUUAUAUACUAUUUAAAAUACUGAUGAACAUUCCAUAUCAGACUUUUGAGUACUGUUGAUGGGACAUUGCUGAGGAAAUUCAAAAUGUACUGUAUGAGAUGAAAUGAUUUUUUUUUUUUUAAAUCUGGUUUUGCUUGUUUAAAAAGAUUAAAUAUGGGCAUUAUGAUGGCAA